AUGACUAUUUCUUCUGAACACCCGGAAACGGAGCCCAAAUGGUGGAAAGAAGCCACGAUCUAUCAGAUCUACCCCGCAAGUUUUAAAGACUCGAAUAACGAUGGCUGGGGUGACAUGAAAGGUAUCACCUCCAAACUGGACUACCUCAAAGGCCUCGGAGUCGAUACAAUCUGGGUUUGUCCAUUUUACGACUCCCCACAAGAUGAUAUGGGGUAUGACGUUUCUAACUAUGAAAAAGUGUGGCCAAGAUACGGUACCAACGAGGACUGUUUCGAGCUGAUUGACAAGACACACAAACUGGGUAUGMAGUUCAUUACUGAUUUAGUCGUGAACCAUUGCUCUACAGAACACGAAUGGUUCAAGGAGAGUAGAUCUUCGAAGACCAACCCUAAGCGUGACUGGUUCUUCUGGRRAGCACCAAAGGGUUACGAUGAGCAUGGUAARCCAAUUCCACCAAAUAACUGGAAAUCCUUCUUUGGGGGUUCAGCGUGGACUUUYGAUGAGACCACGAACGAGUUUUACCUGCGCUUGUUCGCAUCUAGUCAGGCUGACUUGAAUUGGGARAACGAAGAAUGCAGAAAGGCUAUCUAUGAAAGCGCUGUUGGAUACUGGUUGGACCACGGUGUCGACGGUUUUAGAAUUGACACCGCAGGCCUGUAUUCAAAACGGCCUGGCCUGCCAGACUCCCCGAUUUUUGACGAAAGCUCAGAGCUGCAGCACCCAAAUUGGGGGUCCCAUAAUGGUCCUAGAAUCCAUGAAUUUCACCAGGAACUGCACAAGUUUAUGAAGAAUAGAGUGAAGGAUGGCAGAGAAAUAAUGACGGUGGGCGAAGUCGCUCACGGAAGCGACAAUGCGUUAUAUACCAGUGCRGCCAGAUACGAAAUCAGCGAACUGUUUUCUUUUACGCACGUUGAUAUUGGUACCAAGCCGUUCUUUCGUUACAACAAAGUUCCCUUCUCCUUGAAACAGUGGAAGGAAGCUAUCGCAUCGAACUUCUUGUUUAUUAACGGYACGGAUAGCUGGGCUACUACCUAUAUCGAGAACCACGAUCAACCGCGUUCAGUCUCGAGGUUUGGUGACGAUUCGCCAAAGUAUCGUAAUGUGUCCGGUAAGCUGUUGGCAUUGUUGGAGUGUUCAUUAACCGGUACGCUGUACAUUUACCAAGGCCAAGAGCUAGGCCAGAUCAAUUUCAAAGAUUGGCCCAUCGAGAAGUAUGAGGAUGUUGAUGUGAAAACCAACUACGGCAUCAUUAGGGAGAAGUUUGGCGAGAACUCGAUGGAAAUGAAAAAGUUCCUUGAGGGCAUUGCCUUGAUUUCCAGAGAUCACGCACGAACCCCAAUGCCCUGGUCCCGAGAGGAACCCAAUGCUGGCUUCACUGGCCCAGAUGCCAGACCCUGGUAUUUCUUGAAUGAAUCCUUUCAGCAGGGAAUUAACGUUGAAGAAGAAUCCGAAGAUGGCGCUUCAGUUCUCAACUUCUGGAAAAGAGCCCUCCAAGCCAGAAGGGAAAACAAGGAGCUCAUGGUGUAUGGUUACGAUUUCCAKUUUAUCGACUUGGACAGCGACAAGCUAUUUAGCUUCACYAAGGAGUACGAGGRCAAGACGCUGUUUGCUGCCUUGAAUUUCAGUGGUGAGCAAACCGAAUUCAGGGCUCCGAAAGAGAAGUCCUCUUUAUCUUUUGUUCUCGGAAACUACGAUGAUGUUGAUGCGUCCUCUAGGAUUUUGAAGCCUUGGGAAGGUAGAUUGUACUAUGCCAAGUAA